CUUCUAAGCCCUGGGGGCUUCCCCAGGCCCCAGCCCCGGCCUAGAACCCGCCCGCCGCCUGCCACGCUGCCACUGCCGCUUCCUCUAUAAAGGGACCCAGGCGUCCGGGCCAAGGGGCCCCCGCACAGCAGGUUCUCCCCAUGACACCACCUGGACGUCUCUACCUCCUGAGGGUGUGCAGCACCCCACCCCUCCUCCUCCUCCUGGGGCUGCUGCUGGCCCUGCCACCCGAGGCCCAGGGGCUCCGUGGCGUUGGCCUCACACCCUCAGCUGCACAGCAACCCUCGAAGCCCUUCACCCGUGGCACCCUCAAACCCGCCGCUCACCUUGUUGGAGACCCCAGCACCCAGGACUCGCUGCGCUGGAGAGCAAACACGGACCGCGCCUUCCUCCGCCACGGCUUCUCUCUGAGCAACAACUCCCUCCUGGUCCCCACCAGUGGCCUCUACUUUGUCUACUCCCAAGUGGUCUUCUCUGGGAAAGGCUGCUUCCCCACGGCCGCCCCCACCCCUCUCUACCUGGCCCAUGAGGUCCAGCUAUUUUCCCCCCAGUACCCCUUCCAUGUGCCUCUCCUCAGCGCUCAGAAGUCCGUGUGCCCAGGGCCACAGGGACCGUGGGUGCGCUCGGUGUACCAGGGGGCUGUAUUCCUGCUCACCCGGGGAGACCAGCUAUCCACUCACACAGACGGCAUCUCCCACCUGCUCCUCAGCCCCAGUAGUGUCUUCUUUGGAGCCUUCGCUCUGUAGAAACAUCCAGAAAGAAACAAAUAGGCUUCAAGGCCUUCUCCCCAUUUUGCCUCCAUUCUGAACACUUCAGGGGUCACCUCACCUCUCCUUUGACCAUUCCAACAGUCUUGAGUCUUCCCCACCCCGGUUCUCAGCACUGGAGCUUCCAAAGAAGAAAUUCUAGGCCCACCAGGGGACCAGACCUCCCUGGACCACCCCAGAUGCUCAGCUGAGGACUUCAAGCCUGCCUCAAAAUGCCCGCCCAGAUCCCUUCCUCGGCCCUGGCCAUCUAGGGGGCCUCGUCUUGGACAUGGAGAGGGUAGCUGACACAUGAGGGAGCCUGGGUGGAUGACUAAAGCCAGUGGGGGGUGCUUAUUUAUGAAGGGAAAACAAUUAAAUUAUUUAUUUAUGGAGCGUGGAGAGAAGGGAAUAAUAGCGAGACAUCAGAAGAAAGAGCUAAUACACCCAAGAGAUGACAAGUGAGAGGGCGUGGGCACAAGGAUGACCCAGUGAGAGAUAGAAAGUGUGGCUCUGAGGGACCAAGGGGUUCUGGAAGGAAGUGAAAAGCUCUUAAGAGCCAGCCGCUGCUUAACUGGACACCCCACAAGAUGUUUGACCCUCGAUGAAGCCAAAUAAACCUCUUUUCUCUGAAA